AUGUUGUUCAAUAAGAAAGUGAUGUUGGCGUUAGCCUCUGGGCUGGCAUUGUGCGCUAGGGCGGAGGAGGCCACAGCACCCGAAGACUCGAAGGUAGUAAAGUUGGGAUUAGAGGAUUUUAGGAGUUUCUUGAAAGAGCAUUCAUUGGUGUUAGCGGAGUUUUAUGCUCCAUGGUGUGGACAUUGUAAGAGAUUAGGUCCUGAAUUUGUUGAGGCAGCAGCUGAGCUAGUGGAGAGUGAGAUUUAUUUAGCACAAAUCGACUGUGAAAAGGAGAAGGAGCUAUGUCAGGAACAAUCUAUCGGAAGUUAUCCUACUUUGAAGAUAUUUAGAAAUGGUGAGCCGGAGUUGGGUACGCAGUAUAUGGGGGACAGAAAAGCUUCUUCCAUUGUAAGUUACAUGUUGAAGCAGAACGAGCCCUCUGUGCGUGUUGUUCAAGGGAAUGAUGCUGCCGAACAGUUUGCCAAGAUAGUUAAGGAGUCUGAAGAUAUACUUGUUGUUGAUGGAGGUGUUUCUGAUUUGAAUGAAACCUUCCAUGAGCUUGCGGAAAGUCACAGACACUCUUAUUCUUUUGUUCAAUAUCCUGAAAGUGAUUCGAAGUUGGGUCUCUAUUUGCAAGGCGAGGAGGAGCCUAUUUAUUACAACGGCGAUAACUUCACUAUCGACAGUUUGACUGCUUGGUUAAAGGUUGAAAGUCUUCCUUAUUUCGGUGAUGUGGAUGCCUCUACUUUCAGUUCUUACAGGUCCAGUGGUCUUCCAGUCGCUUAUUUCUUCUAUACUUCUCCUGAGGAGCGUGCAGAGUAUGAAGAAUUUUUCGUCAGUUUAGGUAAACAGUACAGAGGUGAGAUUGCGUUCGGUGGUAUUGAUGCUACCAAACAUGGUAGAUUCGCUGAAAGCUUGAGUGUCAAACAACAGUUCCCAUUGUUCGUUAUCCACAAAAUGUUCGAUAAUUUAAAAUACAGCUUACCACAGUUAUCUGACGAGGAAUAUGAGGCGUUAACUACUCCCUUGACUCUAGAUAAGAAGCAAGUCACGGAAUUUAUCAAAAAGUUCAUUGCUGGUAAGUUAGAACCAAUAAUUAAAUCUGAAGAGGUCCCAGAAGUCCAAGAAAAUAACGUUUACAAGUUAGUUGGUAAGACCCACGAUGAUAUUAUUUCUGACAAAGAUAAGGACGUUCUAGUCAAGUACUACGCACCAUGGUGUGGACACUGUAAAACUUUAGCCCCUGUGUACGAACAGUUAGCCGACCUAUACGCCUCCGACGAGGAUAGCAAAGAUAAGAUCUUGAUCGCUGAUAUCGACGCUACAUUGAAUGACGUCCAAGUUGAAAUCCAAGGUUUCCCAACGAUUAUUUUGUACCCAGCUGGUAAAGACUCUGAACCUGUUACCUUCGAAUCCCAAAGAUCUGUAGAGGCUUUCGUAAAAUUCAUCGCUGAGAAUGGUGCCCACAAGUUUGAUGGGAAACAUCUAAUAAAGGGCAAUUCCGGAGACGCUGUCACCGAAGACGGAGUGCCAGCAGAGGAGGAUCUGGAACAUGAUGAGUUAUAG